CUGCAGCAAAACAGAUCGUGCUUAUGCAACCGGAAGUCAAAACUGAAGAGAGAGAAGGGGGUUUCUGAGAAUUUUCGAAAUGGAUGCUUAUCACUGGCAUAAGAUUGCUGCUGUUUCUGGAAUUGCAGCUCUUGGAUUGGGCACUUAUGGUUUCCAUAUCUUCAAACCUGAAAAUCCCGUUUACAAAGAGGUAUGGCAAAUCGCUUCUACUUACCACUUGUUUCACACGGCUGCCCUUCUUGCUGCUCCUAUUGCCAAACGCCCCCACAUUUUUGGAGGUCUUUUGACUGCUGGCAUUCUCUGUUUCUCUGGAUCGUGUUACACGGCUGCAUAUCUCGAGGAUAGAAAAUUUUCCGCCCUUGCUCCGUUUGGUGGCUUUGCUUUUGUCGCUGGUUGGGCAAGUCUGUUAUUCUAAGGAUUGUGUUUUUCUUAAAAGUACUUAUACUUUAACAUAAACAAGUUAGAGCAUGGUAAAUGCCUUGCCAAACGUAUGCUGCCCUAUUUGUCAUACCAUUUGUUCACAAUGUAACUUUUGUAUAGAUACUGUAUUUGUUGAGAUGUGCCUUGAUACAAUUUUAACUGCAAAUUCGUGAUUACAAGGACAUAAUUUGUUGGUUUAUGCGA